CGCCACCGUGCUUAACGCUAAAUAUAAAUUCGACGUGAACUGGCCUGUGGCUGAAGUAUAUGGGUUUCCUUGGGAGAAGAUCGAUGCUAUGUGGAGGAAGUGUCUACGGGGAAGGAGCCGUGGGCAUCGGGUGAUUCUUCGGCUGGUGGAUGAGCAGUUGGGUACGUAUGAUAAUCAGCCUGGGACGGUUCAUGAUGCGUUGAGGUUGCUUGGUGAAGACGAGGUGGUGGAGGUGGAGCUGUUGAUUGGGGUUUAUGCGCUGUUGGCGAGUGUUAUUAAGGGAUUGAAGAAGAAAUUCCAGGAUUAAAGGAGAUGAUUUAGUCAGCUAUUACAGGGUUGUAUGAGAUUGAUGCUGAGGAUAUUAUGCCAAAGUUUCAAUGCUCUAUAGCGGAAGCUA